AUGGCUGUUCUCUCUGAACAUUCAGAAGGAUUUUCAUCUUCAUCAACUCAUGGUUAUACAUACGAUGUGUUUUUAAGUUUUAGAGGCGAUGAUACUCGUCAUGGUUUCACUAAUCAGCUGUAUAAGGCACUCAUGGAUGCCAAAAUCACUACCUUCUUGGAUGAUGAAGAGAUUGAAAUAGGGGAAGAUCUGAAACCGGAAUUGGAGAGUGCAAUUAAAGCAUCUAGGGCUUCUGUUAUUGUGUUGUCCAUGAAUUAUGCUACUUCAACAUGGUGUCUGGAUGAAUUAGUAUUGAUCCUUGAGCAACAUCUGACAUCCAACCAUAUUGUUUUCCCUCUCUUUUAUCAUGUGGAGCCCACUAAUGUCAGGAAGCAAAAAUGUAGCUUCGGAGAUGCAAUGGCUAUGCAUAGACACAGGAUGGAGGCAGAGACAAAUGCAAAUAAAAGAAGUAAAUUAGCUGAAAAGAUGGAAAAAUGGAAUAAAGCGCUUACAGAAGUUGCUGAUUUAAAAGGGAUUGACAUAAAUGGCAGGAAAGAAACGGAAGUUAUUGUAGAAGUUGUAAAUGACAUCUACAAUAGAUUACGUAUAUCCUCAAGGAGUCCUCUGCCACAACUUAUUGGAAUGGAUAAUUCCAUUAAUUUUGUCACUUCAUGGUUGCAAGAUGCAUCCUUACAUACAACAAACAUACUUACUAUUUUAGGUAUUGGUGGAAUUGGGAAGACAUCUUUAGCCAAAUAUGUCUACACGUUACAUUGUCAUGAAUUCCACACAAGCAGUUUUAUUGAAGAUAUCGGUAAGAGAUGUGAUGCAAAAGCUAGUGGUUUGCUCGACUUACAACAACAACUCUGUGAUGACAUUUCAAAAACAACUUCAAUUCUAGUUAAUAAUGCUUCUAUAUACACCUCAAAAAUUGAGAAUGUAGUCUCCCGUAAAAAGGUGUUUCUAGUUCUUGAUGAUAUCAAUAGUCUUGACCAGUUAAACGCGUUACUUGGAAGCAAAGCUUUUCAUCCGGGAAGCAAAAUCAUAAUAACAACAAAGGACGCGUGGUUAACAGAGAGUUGUGCACUAUUCAAAAAGAACUUUAAACCCAACCAUUUAAAACACUUGCUUGAAGGAUUAGAUGACACUGGGUCACGGAAACUUUUGUGUUUUCAUGCUUUCAUGUCCUCUGAUCCGAAUCCAGGCUAUGAAGAGUUGUCAGAUAAGCUUGUGAAAUAUUGUGAAGGACAUCCAAUGGCUCUUAAAGGUAUGGGAAAGGCUUUACAUAAUCGGGAUAUAUCUUAUUGGGAGGGAUGCAUGGAAGAGUUAAAGAAAGAAAAUGGAUCUCGUAUACAUAAUGUGUUAAGAGGAAGCUUUGACUCUUUACCAUCUAACGAUAAUAAGGAUUUGUUUAAAGAUAUUGCAUGUUUUUUUGUUGGAAUGGAUAAAGAUGUAGCAAUUACGAUAUUAAAUUCUUUUGGUAUAGAAACAAGAAAUGGGAUCACUAAUUUAAUCGACAGAGGCCUUCUUAGUAUUAAUCAAAAUAACAAGUUAAUGAUGCGUCAAUUGAUUCAAGAGAUGGGAAGAUACAUUGUAUGUGAAGAAUCACCUAACAAGCCAUGGAAACGGAGUCGAUUAUGGUGUGAUGAAGAGUCAUUCAAAGUGUUGAAACAAAAAAAGGGUAAAGGAAAUAUUCGAGGCCUCACCCUUGACAUGAGAACGCUUGAGAAAGAGAAGUUACGUGGAUCAGUUGAGUUGAAAACAGACGCAUUGAGUAAGAUGGAUAGGCUAAUGCUUCUACAACUCAAUUAUGUGCAAAUUAGAGGGUCUUAUGAGAAUUUUCCAGAAGAAUUAAGAUGGUUGUGUAUGCAUGGGUUUCCUUUGAAGUCUAUACCUUCAGACUUACGAAUGGAGAAUUUGGUUGCUCUUGACAUGUCAUAUAGCAAUAUUGAAUCAUUUGGUGUUUGUUAUAGUAAUUCACAACUGCUUCAAAAGAGGCAAAAGCUGGAUGGAUAUUGUUUAAAAGACAAAAGGGUUCUUGGAUCAUUGAAGAUUCUUAAUUUAAGUUUUUGUGAACAACUUGUUAGUUUGGGUGGGUUUGAUGAAAUCCCAACACUUGAGAGGCUAAUAGUUACAAAUUGCAUUGGUUUGCGUGAAGUUUGUGAGUCAAUUGAGCAAUGUGUUGAACUUGUCCUUGUUGAUCUGAGUUUCUGUAUCAAGAUUGAAAAGCUUUCAAGAAUUGUAUGUGUGUUGAAGAAGGUUAAAACAUUAUUACUAGAGGGUUGUAAUCUUGGUGAAUCUUGA